AGAGCUCAGAGAAUCAGUUGAAUUUAGCGCGGAAUUAUGAUCAGUCGUCUGUGGUUGCUCCUCAUCCUACAAGUUCCGAUAUUGGCCUUGCCAACGGACACAGAGAACGUGUUUGCCGAUGACCUAACCUCGGAGUACGCCAAAGGAAUCAUCCUCGCCGCCAAGGUGGCAGAGAUGAAAGGCAUGAUGAACCCGGAGGCGGCGCCUUGCGACAACUUUUACGAGUAUGCCUGCGGCAACUGGAAUCGUCAGAAUCCUGCCCUGCUGCUGGGUGAGGCGAUGACUGGCAGUUUUCAGCUGCUUUUAGAUGGCUUUAAUCGAAGACUGUUGCGUAUAUUACGCUCCCAGUCACAUCAAUCAGAACUGGAAAAGAAAAUGCAACGAUUCUUUCUGUCUUGCGCCAACGUGAACCGAUACGAUGUUCUCUACAAGGUGGCUCUCGAGAAUGUCUACCGAGAGUUUGGUGAAAUGCCGGCAGUGGCCGGUGACCAAUGGAACUCUUCCGCCUUCAAUUGGUGGCGAACAGAUGCCCGAAUCCAUCAGAAGUAUGGCAAGAGCCUUAUUCUCGGCGUGGGCAUAAUGCAUGACAGAGUUUAUCUCCGUCUUCCUUCUCGCUACGGGACCAAAUUAAGGGGAUCUCACUUAAUGGAUAUUUUAGAGGAAGCCAUUAUUUCAAAGGAUCUACAGGACUACCUCGGCGUGGAAGCGAAGGAAGCUAUGGACAUAGCCAAAAAUCUUAAUAGCUUUGACGAGAAGCUUUUCGAAAGGGUCAGGUCUAACACAUUAGAGCAUAGCGUUUCGCUCUAUACAAUGGCCGAGUUGGAGGAGAAGUACAUCUCCUAUCUGAACUUCACCGAGUACUUUGGUUUGAUUUUCGGGGAGGAGAAUAUCCCUGACAAAUUGUACGUCGUCGACGAGGAGUUUGUGAACAACAUUUUAGCCUUAAUGCAGAGCACUCCUUCUGCCACGCAGGCCAACUAUAUCCUGUGGCACCUUCUGGACCCCUACUUUGUGAAAGCCAACAAAAAGACCAAGUGGUGCGUCGACCAGACCAAGAAAUACUUUGGCCAGCUUACUGAGAAUCUGGUGUACAAACGGUACCGCAGUUCCAAAGCCGAGGCGGAAGUGUUUUCCGUUUGGGAAGAGAUUCGGGGCAUUUUCCGGGAGCACCUGAAGGGCGACAAGCUAGACUGGAUAACAAACGAUACCAGGCAGGUGGCUAUCGAAAAACUAGACCGUAUGGCAUUGCACAUCAACUCCUAUGACUCGGAAGACUUCGAGAAGCUAUUCGGGAAAGUGGAAAUCGAUAGAUACAACUACGUUGCCAAUAUCCAGCAUUUGCUUUCGGCCAAAGCUAUGGGAUCCGAGGAAAAGCUUAAGCUGCCAGGCGUCUCGGUAGAUGCCAACGAGAUUCUUAGCUUUGCGCCCACAUACAAUGUCCAAGAGAAUAGAAUCACCAUUCCAGUGGCCCUUCUUCAGCCUCGCUAUUUCUGGGGCGACGAAUACCCAGAGGCGCUAAAGUACGCCACUUUGGGCUUCCAGCUAGCCCACGAGAUGGUACAUGGAUUUGAUGGCGAAGGUCGGAACUACGACGCAUCCGGCAAUUUGGCUCCCUUGUGGGACAUUAAGUCCCGGUACGAAUUUGAGGAGCGGAGGAAGUGCUUCCAAGCCCAGUACCAUGCUUACAAGUAUGCUGGAUCUGAGCUGCCGGAGAGGGAGAACCAAUCAGAGAACAUAGCGGACAAUGCCGGAGUCAAGUUUGCCUAUAUAGCCUACGAAAAAUGGCUGAGAAACCAGACGGAGGAGCGGAAGCAGCGAGAGACCAUGAAGGAACUGGACCUAAGCAGUCGCCAGUUAUUCUUUCUGGGAUACGCCCAACUUUUGUGCGACGAUGUCCAUUCACUUUUUCAGUCAUUGGUGGCCAAAGAUGGCAAUCAUGCUCCCAGUAAGUUCAGGGUCAUUGGUUCACUGUCUAACUUUCAGGAAUUCUCCUGGGCCUACAACUGUUCCCAAGAGGCCCCCAUGGAUCCGGAGUACAAGUGCGCCGUUUAUUAGAAGCUUGGAUAGAAAAUAUUAAUGAUUAUAUUGUUAUUUUGUACUUGUCACUCCUAAAACAAAAUUUAAAAUAAUUAAAUAAUAAAUCUAUCAUAA